GCGUAUGAUCGGGUCAUAGACGCGGUGCUUGGCAGCGGGAUGCGGCGGAAUGUCGGCUAAUAGGUCGGCGGGGGCUUUCACUUUUGGGCGACGCGCUCUACGAGAUGACCCACCGUCGCGAUGUCGGAAGUUCGGGGAACUCUUUCGUCGUGUGCCACGGAGGGAGGAAGCUGCGCGCGAAAAACACAUCUGUCCAUGACGAUGAUAAGGAAUAGCAGCGUUCGGCUCGUCGUUAUGCAGCUCGACAAGAGUUGCAAUUAAUGUGGUCGCGAGGGUGCUCGUUAUUUUUGCGAAUUACGCUCCCACUACUCUAUCACCGCUUCCGGAAACCGCAAUCUCUCGAGUCUCUCGAUUCGCCUGACGAUUCGUCAUCCGGCGGAUAAUUGUCCUCCUUCGCGUGGGAAUGAAGGGAUUUACGUGGGCGAUAUCGAGGGAAUACUGAGUGUCGCAUUCCGCGUCGUGAAGCAUGAAUGAAAGCAGAGAUAACACGGUGCGAGUGGUGUUCGUAUCCCUGCUGCUGGAUCUCCUGGCAUUCACCAUGAUACUGCCGCUUCUUCCGGCUCUUUUGGACCAUUACAAGGAGAUCGAGAACGGACAGGGACUGUACUCGGCUAUUUUCAAGCAUGUAAAGGAUAUACAGGUGUUCUUCGACGCUCCGGACAAAGUCAGCACGGUCCUUUAUGGAGGUUUCCUCGGCUCCAUGUAUUCCUUCCUGCAGUUCCUCGGAUCGCCCAUCAUAGGAGCACUGUCCGACAUAUACGGGAGGAAACCUUUGAUGCUGCUGUGUUUGACAGGUGUCUCACUCUCGUAUCUACUCUGGGCUUUUUCUGCAAAUUUCGGCAUAUUCGUACUGGCUAGAUUCGUGGGCGGCAUCAGCAAAGGAAAUAUCAGCUUAUCAAUGGCUAUCAUCAGCGACGUUACUUCCGCUGAAACAAGAGGAAAGGCAAUGGCGCUUGUGGGGAUAGCCUUCUCCGUAGGUUUCGUCGUGGGACCGAUGAUAGGAGCGUUCUUCGCGUGGAUCUCGAGCGGUAAUAGGGAUGGCACGUGGUACGUGAUACCGGCCAUGUUCGCACUUUUCCUAGCUUUAAGUGACUCAUUGUUCGUUUCUUACUACCUGAAGGAGAGUUUACCGCUGAAGAACAGGGCGACCACCCUGGCAAAGGGAUUGUCCGGGGCGAUCUCUUACAUUAAUCCCACAGAUCUUUUCCAAUUUAACGGAGUCUCCGGCUUGAGCCGACAAGAUCGGCAAGAUCUAAAGACACUGGGCCGCGCGUAUUUUAUAUACCUGUUCGCCUACAGCGGCUUGGAAUUCACUCUGACGUUUCUGACUCAUCACACGUACGGGUUUACGAGCAUGCAGCAGGGUUGGAUGUUCCUCGCGAUCGGGCUGAUAAUGGCGAUCUUGCAGGGCGGCUGGGUGCGACACAUCCCGCCGCACAGAAUGAAAGCUGUCAGCGAGUUGGGAUUGUGGCUAGUAAUUCCCGCAUUUAUAUGUAUCGGUGUUGCCAGCGGUAUACUGGUCUUGUGCGUUGGGAUUUUUCUUUUCGCCGUUUCCACCGCCAUGGUGGUGACCUGUAUGAUGACACUGGUGACACGAAUCGGGCCUGAGAACCAGAAGGGCGUGAUCACCGGCACAUUUCGCUCCCUCGGUGCGUUGGCGCGCGCCUGCGGACCUGUCGUCGCGUCUUCAGCGUUUUGGUGCAUCGGAAGUGCUUCGACGUACAUGAUCGGGGCUCUGUUCCUUAUGCUACCGCCGCUCAUCUUGCACGGCAUGCGCGUUCUGUGAUUCGGAUCAGACACGAUCAGACGAUCCGCCCCGAUCUGCUUUGCCAGUUCUUGAGGAACAUUUGUCUACUCCGCAGUCAGUAUUCUUACAUUUCUGAUAUUCGUUGGCGCCUUUUUUAUACUGACCUUUUUACACGGAUAUUUUACGCAUCAAGUUUGAGAUUGUAGCGGUAUGUUUGUAGAAAUUACAAUCCAGCGAACACCGAGUUGCAGUUACAUAACUUGGUUAUAAUUUCCUACUGAACAAUGUAAUUAUUAUGUGACAGGCGUUAUACAACAGUUACAUUGUUGAGUAGGAAAUUAUAAUUAACAGUUAUGUAACUGUAAUUUAGUGUUCGCUGAGAAUUAUAUACUAUUAGAUAGUUAUAUAUAAUAGACAUCACAUGUUCAUUGCAUAUAUAUUUAUAUUUUACAA